CAACAAGCGGAUAAAAUGAAGUCAAUUACGCUGAUCACAUUGCUGUUUCUGGCGCUGGAAGCAGUGCAUGCAAUGGGCGCAAAUCUGACUGCCUGGCGUCAACACCGCAGACAGAAGCGUUUUCUGAUCUAUCAGGAUGGUGGCGUUAUCAAGAUGGUAACUGGCACCGCAUUUCCUGUGGACUUCCAGGAGAAGAAUGCCUGGCGCCAGCUGGUCUGGCUAAUGAAUUACCACUAUCAAUUCUCGGAGCCAACUAAGCCCAUAUAUUGGUGGAACCUGUGGAAUGGACGUGAUCUUAAAGGACCACUAAAACUAUCGAACGAUCAACAAGAGCAGGCACAAGCUAAUAUGGAGCAGCAGCAGCAAGUGGAUGAGCCGCAGCAGUUGCUGUAUGAGUUUGCGGAGGAGUACAUGAAUCAACGUGGCCAAGAUGGCAAAGCCUGCCUGAAGCGUGCGAUAUGCGAGAAUGGUCAGGUGCAUGAGCACAAUGGACUCUACGCUCAGCUGCUGCACAGACUGUUACGACCCCAUAGAUCUCUGGCUACGCCCUAUCUGGAUGCUUAUAGAAUGGGAAAACAUGGCGUUGAUUGCCGCCAAGCAUAUCCCACAGCUGCUCACUGUCUGCUGGAUGAUUAUGUGCAUGUCCAUGAACGUGGCCUGACGCAAAGCUUUGUCUAAGCUGAGCCUGUGGAUUUAA